AUGGCUGGCCGUAGUCAAGAACAACACGGACAGUCCAGGGUUACCUUCACUACCUCAAACGUCAUCCACCAAGACAUUGCGCUCGCUCGAGCACAAGGACUGGCUGAAAUAUGUCACGACAAACGACAACAAGCCACGAACAAAUCGACCAUCGCACCGAAACAAAGAGAACAAACCGAUGGCUGCUUCAAUCAAAAAAUCAGCUUUGCUUCCAACCUCAAACGUCAGCGCUCCUGGACACCACUCUUGGAAGAUGUUGUCGAUGCCGGAUCAUCCCAACCAACCCGUCGUGCUGCAAAGCGAGUGAAGCGAGAGGAUAUUGACGUGUCUGCACCGAAGCCUGUGACACCGUUGCUGGAGGACUUGAUUACUUCUUACAGACGGAGUGCGUUUUGCUCGCCCGAGACCAGUUGUCACGCCGCGGAGUUGGUCUUCUUUGAGGGCGGCAUAGAAUUGUCGAGUAAGCUGUGA